GCAAGAAGGAGCCGACUUGGCUUUGCUGCCCCGGCCCCCGCAGCUUGCACCGGGCCGUGGGGGGGGACGGGGACCCCCGGCCUGAACCCGUCCCGGGGGGUGUCCUCACCUGCUUCGUGGCUGGCUCAGGACGGCACACGCACACGCACCCGCACUGCUGCAUAAGUGGCUCCAUGUAUUUGCAGCACGCCCCGAGGUGGAUCUCCCCGCGCGCUCCUGGCAGCCGUGCCCAGGUAGGCUGAGGCUCCCACCUCCGUGCCAGGCGAGAGCCAGCGAGGCCAUGGCAGUGCUGGGCGCACCUCGCACCGCUGGUCCCCGCGCCCCCCGAGGUGCCCGGGAGGGACCCCGCUGAGCCCGGAGGGUGCUGCCCGCGGACCCGCCAUGCCCAGGCCGGCUGGGCGAUGCUGCUCCUCCGGCGCGCUGCGGAGGAGGCUGCCUGUGCUGGGGUGGCUUCCCCGCUACUCUCUGCGGUGGCUGCAGCUCGACCUCGUCGCCGGCGUGACCGUGGGCCUGACCGUCGUGCUGCAAGCCCUGGCCUACGCCGAGGUGGCCGGCCUGCCAGCCCAGUACGGUCUCUAUUCCUCCUUCGUGGGCUGCUUCGUUUACUGCCUCCUGGGCACCUCCAAAGAUGUGACGCUGGGCCCCACGGCCAUUAUGUCGCUGCUGGUCUCUUCGUACGCCUUCCACGACCCUGCCUACGCCACCCUGCUCGCCUUCCUCUCGGGCUGCAUCCAGCUAGCCAUGGGCCUCCUGCACCUGGGUUUCCUGCUGGACUUCAUUUCCUACCCCGUCAUUACAGGCUUUACGUCAGCUGCUUCAGUCGCCAUUAGCUUCAGCCAGGUCAAGAACAUCCUGGGGCUGCGCGGCAUCCCACGGCAGUUCUUCCUGCAGGUGUAUGAGACUUUCCGGCGCAUCGGGGAGACCAGGGUCGGGGAUGCCACCCUGGGGCUGGCUUGCCUGGUCGUGCUCACGGGGCUCAGGUGCAUGAAGGGCCACGUCCCCCGGGGCUACCAGAUGGAGCCGCUGCUGGUCAGGAUGGGUCAUCUGAUCGUCUGGGCCGUGGCGACAGCCCGCAACGCCCUCGUGGUCCUGUUUGCUGGCCUGGUUGCCUACUCGUUCCAGGUGACAGGCUCCCAGCCCUUCGUGCUCACCGGGGAGACGCCCAAGGGGCUGCCUCCCUUCCAGCCACCUCCUUUCUCCAAGGUCACAGCCAACGGCACCGUCCCCUUUGGCCAGAUGGUUCAGGACCUGGGAGCUGGGCUGGCCGUGGUGCCACUCAUGGGCCUGCUGGAGACCAUCGCAAUCGCCAAGUCCUUCGCCUCGCAGAAUAGCUACAGAAUCGACCCCAAUCAGGAGCUGCUGGCCAUGGGCUGCACCAACCUCCUGGGCUCCUUCGUCUCAUCCUACCCGGUCACGGGCAGCUUUGGGCGGACUGCGGUGAAUGCACAGUCUGGUGUGUGCACCCCAGCCGGGGGGCUGGUCACAGGGACCUUGGUCCUGCUCUCCCUGGCCUACCUGACCUCCUCCUUCUACUACAUUCCCAAGGCGGCGCUGGCUGCCGUCAUCAUCGGGGCCGUGGCUCCCAUGUUCGACGCCGGGAUCUUCAGGACACUGUGGCGUGUUAAAAAGCUCGACCUCGUGCCGCUGUGCGUGACCUUCGUGCUGUGCUUCUGGGAGGUGCAAUACGGCAUCGUGGCUGGCAUCCUGGUCUCGGGGAUCCUCCUGCUCUACACCAUUGCCAGGCCCCCAAUAGAGGUCUCCGAGCAGGGGGUGCUUCUCCUGCAGCCUGCGAGCGGCCUGCACUUCCCAGCUGUCGAGCACCUCCGGGAGGCCGUGCACCAACGGGCGCUGGCAGCAGGGUCACCGGCGCGCUGCGUCGUCCUGGACUGCGCACACGUCAGCAGCAUCGACUACACGGUCGUGCGGGGGCUGGCGGACCUGCUGCAGGAGUUGCUCAAGAAGGGCAUCUCCCUCGUCUUCUGCAGCCUGCAGCCUCAUGUUCUCCGUGUCUUGCUGUCUGCGAACCUGGAAGGAUUUCAGCAUUUCCCCAGCCUGGAGGAGGCAGCAGAGCAGGAGCUGCAGGGCAGCAAUCGGGUCCUCUUCCAUGAUGCCGACGAGACCAUGCUGCCGACGCCAGGGCUCAUCCAGUGAGAACAUGGCUCUGGCCAUCCCGCCAUCUGCCCCCCGCUCCCACCCAGGGCUGCUUUGGGUGUCUCUGGAAGAAGGAUGCGUGCCAGCGCUCCCGGUCUGCUCCUGGGGCACUUCCAGGCAACACAGCUGGAGGGGAGGGAACGCUCCUCUAGGCAACACUACACGCGACGGGAAGAAAACUCAUCUCACCUG